AUGGCUCCCAUACGUGUAGAGGCCAACGGCACGAACGGCAAUGGAGAAGCAAAUGGCAAGGAAAACGACAUUGUUGAUACUGUCCAACUUGAGAAUCUUUUUAUUCGCGAUGCCGACGUUUUUCAAACGUCCUUGAACUCGGAAGAUUACCUCGAUAGUUUGGCGCCAAUUAUUACAGAUGCGCUAAAGGCAAAUGCAUUGGCCGACUUCAUCUCGAAGCUCAAUGGUAUAGUGAAGGGUAAGGAUACGGAAUUGAAUGAGUUAUCCUUGAAUUCCGCCCAUGACAUUAACACAUGUAUUGAUACCAUUGAUGAGGUUUCCCGGCAAUCGGAAGAUCUCAACAGAAGCUUGGUUCAGGUGAACGACGUACUCAAUAAGUCGGUGUAUGAGCUUAUUUCCAAGAAAAAAGCGCUCAUCAAAUGCAAGGAUACAGAAAGACGCAUCAACGAUACCAUAGUGGUCUUGAAUCUCUGUAACCAGGUUCUUGAGAUCGCCAACAAGAUCCACGAUUGGAUAAACCAAAACAAGUAUUUCAGUGCACUCAAGCUCAUUGAUGAACUCACAUCGAUUCAUUUGGCCAAGGUUAAGGACUUCAGUUUUUCCGUCAAAAUCCACGAUUCCAUUCCACAUUUGACGAGUAUGAUCCAGAGAGAAUCAUUUGACAAUUUAUGCAAGACUUUAUCUACACAGAUCGAACGUAAAAUUGAAAUCAUUGGUGACACGAUCUUCCAGAAUCUCGUCCAGUUGCAGGAUAACUGGGAGAAGCUCCGAAGCGAUCCUGCCAAUCCAGCCUUAUUGCCUCAUCGACUUAAUUCGCCCAUUGAACAAUCCAUGAGAGACCCUUCGUUCUAUCUUGAUCUCUUUGAGUCUAAAACUCUUGCCAUUCAACUCGGGCCUAUCUACGACUGUAUUUUGGUGUACCAGUCCUUAGGGGAAAUGUCAGUUCUCACUGGUGCAUACCAUAAGGAGUGGAUGAAGAAAUAUCAAAGAAUUAUCUAUCCAAUCACAUUGUCGUCAAGCACCAACGAGAAACUGACAUUGUACCAUGAGCCUAUCGUGUCAUUCCCUGAUCUUAUCAGCUUGGAGGUGUACUUACAGAAGAUUGCCGCAUUCUUUGUUGUAGACAAGCAAUUGAAUACGAGAACGAAGUUUGAACUCCGAACCAAUGCUACAUCAGAUGACUUGUGGGAAUCUUUUGCAAUUAAACUCAAGCCUGUCCUUUUGCACUUUUUGGAAAGAUCAAAGUGGGGCCUUGAUGAUUUGGGUGCCUUGGCAGACUUCAAGGACUUGAUUGGCAACUUCCUACAGGUUAUGGAGAAUAGCCAGUACAAGAUUACUGACCUUUACGAGAUCUUGAUGUUGAUCUUCAAAGACCACUUCUGUCCAAUUUUGAUCCAGCACUUCAGACUUGAGUUCUUGGAGUCUAUCCAGUCUGAUCAUUAUAUGCCUCUAGUUGUUACCGCCAAAAACGAUUAUGACAGCGUUAUGAAGAUCUGCUGGUACAAGAAGGAUGCCAGCUUUGCUCCCAAAAACAUCCGCUCAUUGCCUAUUUCCUUCCCGUUCAGUGAAGAUUACGUCCAUUACUGUUUGGGAGUGAGAACACUUUUGCAAGAUAUUAUAGAUUUCACCAGUCGACACUACAACUAUGAUAUGACUGAGCUUAAUCGUAUUAUCGUCAACGAUAUCUUUGAAAGGGUUCUCGGUGAUGAGCCUGGUGUGGGUAUUUGUAAUGAUAUCAAGGAAUUCAUCAGCAAAAAUUCCAACAACAAAGAAAUCAUCGCCCAAAGCUACACGAAUUUGGAAUACUAUCUCUUCAGUUUGUAUGAGAUGGGUAAGUUAAUUGACCGCAGGUUGCGUGCUUAUAACGGAAUCGGUAUCAUCAACAUUGACACGAACUCUACAUUCAAGUUAAAAGCUAUUGAAUUGUUCACCAAUGUGAGGAAGUUUUCUGAGGACGCCAUUUUCAAGAUGGUGGACGAGAAAGUCAACUCAUUAUUGGAUAUGUUGGAAUACGAUAACUGGUUGCCUGAAGCAAGAAAUAACGAUCCUAAUUUCUUCAUUCUUGACUUCUCGCUUUUCUUGGAGAAUUUGUUCAACUCAAUCUUCUCGAACUUACCAUCUUCAUUCCGCACCUUGGGCUUAUUCAGAAGUUUUGACUUCAUUUCCGAGUAUCUUUUGAAUCUCCUAUAUGAUGCUCCACGGCUCAACCGAAUUGCCGUGGAGAACUUUGAUUUGGAUGUGAGACAUCUUGAAUCAUCCAUGGCCAAAUUGGCCAGUGAUAGUGGUGAUGAGCAAAGUGGAUCUGUUGCAUUACAGUCUACGUUUGCUGAGCUCAGACAGAGCAUUGAUUUAUUGUUGUUGAAUAACUAUGAUGAAUUCAUGAAGAACUCAACUUUCAGAAUGAGAAGAUUCGACAGAUUGAAGUAUGAGGACGCAAUGAAACUCAUAAUGAAGAUGCAAGUGGAAGAAGACCCAUUGAAUGCGGACAAUGCGUCUAUUUACGAGGUAGAUGGCCCCAACAACUCAAUGGGAGGACUCGACCGUGGAGGAUCCAUUCUUAGUGGAUCAGCUGCUAAGUUUGCGAAGUGGAGUAAGUUUGGAAAGGAGACUUAG